UAUUUAGAUUACCCCUAAUUAAACAACUAAUCGUCCCCUUUCUUUUGCUCGCUCUCCUUACGCUUAUCUGUCUGUCUGUCUGUUUCAAUCUCUGUCAUCAUUUCACCAACCCUAAAUCUAACCUCUCUCUCUUCCUCCUCUUCAUUCACGGGGAAAAAUGCAAGGAGCUUUUAGAGCCCUUCUCUCAAAUGGAAAUAAUGCUGUUUUGCAACAUGUACGCUUGGGAUCUCAAUUUUUAAGACCCAUUGUAUCUGUACGUUUUGAGUCGGCUACACCUGGUCGUAUAGAUGAGCAUGGCUUUGAGAGGACGACUAUUUCAGAUGUCUUGAAAGAAAAGGGUGAAGGGGCUGAUGGUUCUUGGCUUUGGUGCACAACUAAUGACUCGGUUUAUGAUGCUGUUAAGUCGAUGACACAACACAAUGUUGGGGCAUUGGUUGUCGUGAAGCCUGGAGAGAAAGAAUCAGUUGCUGGUAUCAUCACAGAAAGAGAUUAUCUAAGAAAAAUCAUUGUACAAGGAAGAUCCUCAAAAUCCACCAAAGUUGGUGACAUCAUGACUGAAGAGAACAAACUCAUUACUGUCACACCUGAUACUAAGGUUCUAAAGGCAAUGCAGCUCAUGACAGAUAACCGUAUUCGACACAUCCCAGUGAUCGACGACAAAGGGAUGAUCGGUAUGGUGUCUAUUGGUGAUGUAGUUCGUGCAGUGGUCAGUGAGCAUCGAGAUGAAUUAGACCGCUUGAACGCCUUUAUACAAGGGGGUUACUAGAUGAUGACGAGAAAUAAUCUUUUAUCUGUCGUAGUGUAUCAGUACAACUUCAAUCACUGGCUUCGUGCUUGUAAAUACGUAUUGCUUGUUUUUGGGUUGCUUAUCUUCCUGGACAUCGGUUGAAUGUCCGAGGUACCAAGAAAUGUAUAUUGGAUUAUGUUUUAAUAAAAGGGUGAAACAGAUGCUCACCGAGAAGUGUAUCCAUAUUUCAUUUCCAUUGUGAA